AUGUUAUUCGCCACUGUUGUCUACCUUGUUUCCAUUAUCAUCCCAUGCGUUGAAGCUGCAGUGGCUUCACUCAGUGCUCCGGCACCAUCAAAAUGGGUCCAUCCAGGUGCAAUGAUAAGCCAGUCACAGUUGGACUUCAUUAAAGCCAGGGUGAACGGCAAAGAACAGCCUUGGCUCAACGCCUACAAUGCUUUGCUCGAAGAUGUGAAAGUUGCUCAGACACCAUCCCCGCAUGUCAUCGUCGAAUGUGGAUCUUAUUCCAACCCUGAUGUUGGUUGCAAAGUGGAGCGCAAUGACUCAAUUGCCGCAUAUGGAAACGCAUUGGCGUGGGCUAUUAGUGGUGAAACGGCAUAUGCUCAACAAGCGAUCAAGAUCAUGGAUGCCUAUUCAUCUACCAUUAAAGGCCACAAUAACUCUAAUGCACCGCUGCAAUCUGGAUGGGUUGGCUCAAUCUGGGCCAGAACUGGAGAACUUAUUCGCUAUACGGAUGCAGGAUGGCCUGACAAUAGCAUUGAACAAUUCGGAACUAUGCUACGCGAUGUGUAUAUGCCAUUGACGGUAAAUGGAACAGAUCAUAAUGUGGCCAACUGGGAAUUGGUAAUGACUGAAGCUGCGAUUUUGAUGUCGGUUUUCCUCGAGGACUCGGAGUCAUGGAAUACCGCCAUGGGAUGGUUCCUCAAACGGGUUCCAGCCACUAUUUAUAUGACUAGCGAUGGUGAAUACCCAAUCGCAGCACGGGGGCAAAGUUCUUCUUCAGAUGCAAUCAUUGCUUGGUGGUUCAACGAAACCACGUUUGCCGAUGAUGGUCAGGCACAAGAGACAUGUCGUGAUCUUGAGCACACCGGGUAUUCAUUUGCAUCCAUGGCGCAUGUGGCAGAGACCGCACGAAUUCAAGGUACGACUGACCUUUACAAGACCAACCUGGGAACACGGCUUCUUAAUGGACUGGAAUUCCAAUCUCAGUAUGUCAAUGGAUUGGCCGUGCCAUCCUGGCUCUGUGGAGGAGCGCUCAAGCUCACCUUGGGUCCCAUUACCGAAGUUGGCUACAAUGCCCUGUCAUUCAGGCUGGGUGUUGACAUGCCUGAAACCGGGAAAUUGACGUUGAAGCAGCGGCCUGCGAACAACAAUGGGCUAUUUGUGGCCUAUGAAACGUUGACGCACGCGGAGAAUAAUGCUUGA